GUGGGGGCGGGGUAGUGUUGUGGGCAGCGCUGCCCCCCGCCCUCCACGCACCUUGCGUCGCGGUGGCAGUAGAGUCCGACCGCCCCUCGGUGACAGCAGAGCACCUCCACGAUGACGGCUCCCCUGUCGACGAGGACGUUGGUGCUGAUCCUGGCCCUCGCCACCCAAGCCGUCUCCGUGGCCCACGCCUACGCCGUGGCGAAGGAUUUCGGAAGCGGGCUGGGGCACCCUCUGCCGUCUUUCCUCAAGAUUUGCCAGCGACAUGACCCGAAUAUCAACGAGUGCAUCAAGGAAGCGGUCGAGCUGCUGCGGCCCCACCUCGCGGAAGGUAUCAGCGAGCUCGGCAUCCCGUCCUGCGAGCCUCUUCUUAUUCCUGAAGUGGUGGUGAACCAGGGGAGCGGGCCAGUCACUGUCACCUCCAUCUACAGAAACCUUCGCGUGUUCGGGCCCAGCCAGUUCGUUCUGAAGAGCAUCAAGUUAGUAGAUCAACAGUUGACGAGAUCUGGCUUUACACUAAAUUCUUGAAACUGCAACAUUGUU